AAAACUUACAAGAAAGAACGCAAAAAUAUCUCGUUCAUGGCGAAGAGUUCUUGUCGGAAAUUCAAAGUCUUAUCAUUUUUGUCUCUUUUGAUCUUCUCGCAACAGUUCAUCCUAAUCACUGCAAGAUUGGGAAGGUUCGACUAUGAAACAAAUGCUAAAGAAUUUCAGCAUAAGAUCAACCACUCGGUAGAGGAUGAAACCGGUUCCGUGGCACGGCGAACCAUCGACCGGAGAAUGGAUGUGGAGAUGAACGACUAUCCGGGAUCUGGCGCGAAUAACCGUCACACUCCUCGACCACAGUCCAACCGAGGUUGUAUAGAUUGCUAAUUGAAUUAUAUAUGUCGUAUAUUAGGCAUAUAUAAUGUA